GUCCAAGUGAACAGCCGCUGAGUGGCACUGCUGAGACGCUGUCUGCUUGGCGGGUGGAGAUUGAAGAAAGGGCCGAGUACCUCGGAACCUUUGCUUCCGAAUGCGAGGAAGAAGUGCACACCUUCGAAGGGCAGAUCUCGUCGAGCACGGCGGCGAUGAAAGUUGAGCUGGAGACCCUCCAAGCCGAGCGCGCUUCGGUGGCCCGGCGGGCAGACGGCCUCCGGAUGCGGCGCGAGGAGCUGCUUGCGCAGCUGUUGGAAGUGGAGGAGGAGCUUAAAGGGGUGGAGUCGGCUGAUGCGGAGCUUGAUCACCGAGAGUCGCAGCUGAAAAGCAGCAUGGGCCGGGUGUCCAAAGCCUUGUCAACGCAGCGGGAAGCCUCGCAGGAGAACGGCCUUGUUGCCGCUUGCCGACACCGAGUCCUUCUAGGAACAGUGGCGGCAUCACGACAGGUCGAGGAGCUUGUUGCAAAGCGCGCUGCGGCCGCAGCGGACAGCACACACCCUGGCAAGAAGCUCUCCGCGCAGCAGAAGAAGGUCAGGUCUGCAACACUGGAGAGUGACAAGACAAGAUACAGGGAGCUGCAAGAUCUCAUAUCGAGCUGGCAAGACCAGAUCUGGGGACCGGGCAGCGGAGCCCUUGUCUCCAACACCGCUGCUGCCGCUGCACUGCAAGCGGCGCAUCUACAGGCUGUUAGCCUUGUGGAGGAUGCACAGAAAGAGGCGGAUGAGAUUGCAGCUGCCGAGUGCGGCAAUCUGGGUCUGGAAGGAUUUUGGGGCCUGGCAUCGCCAUUCGCCAAGUCUUCCAUCCGGCGGCAGAUGAGCCGUUCUGCAGCGGGGUACAAAGUGAUGCGUGAGCAGCUUUGUGAGAACCUGGAACGCCUUGCGGAGCUGCAAUGCGCUGCAACUGUACGGACCCGCUGCGGCUCUUUGACCUCGGCGUCAACGGGCCAUCAUGGCUUCGGCUUCAGCGAAGGCCAGCCCUUCCUGCCUCUCUCGUACACAGCGGCCCCCUUGUUCCUGAGAUCAGCUUCUAAGUCUUGGUGUAGCUUAGGCUCGUCUAGGUCGGCUCAGCAGUGGUUGUUGCUUGGGAGCAUUGCCUUAUGGGGCUGCUGCAGGAGGAGCAGGCAACCUCAAGGAUGGACGGAAUACAAGCGCACGAGUCCCUUCCAGCUUCCAGUCUGGCAUGCGUGCAGAUGCGCAUGUGGGAACAUGCAAUGGCACAGUGGACAAGACCUCCAACAAUGUUAG